AUGACGUUGUCCAAACGCCUGGCUCUGUUAGGGGUUCGGUCUGCGGUUUCCACCUCUAGAUCUCGAGGUGUGGGCUCCUCUUACGCCCUUAUGGAUCGUCGUCCAUUCCCGUACCGCCAAAUUUCUACUUUCACUAAUCAUUCAAAGAAUUCUGAGAUGGAAACUCUUGAAGACGACUCUUCUCCACAACUUAUCAAAUCUAUUGAAACUGAGUUUAAAUCCAAUAUGUCGAAGCUGCAUGUCCAGUGGGAGAAGAAUAGGAAGCUGCUAGACGAGCUAGAUGAGCUGAGGAUGAUGGAAUCGGAUCUACUUAGGUAUGUAACCAGCUUUUUAAUUCUAUAUGGUCACUACCUCAUCGUCUUGUAG